UUUUUUUUAAAGCAAAAAAAAGAAAUGAUUUUUUAGCCCGGAAAUCCGCAAAGAUUAUUGGAGCCUUAAAUUUUAUGAGCUUUCAGUCCCUGAACUCUCUCCAAUGGCCAUGGUUGCAAGGUUUCACGUAUGCCCACAAAGCCUAGACCGCUUCAACUUCCACAGCCCAGCUGUCGUUUUCGGGUCGGGUCUUCGCCGCUCCGGUUCUGGCCGUAAUGGGUUGUACUCCAAACAGUACUGCAGGUCGUUCAGGGCCGAAGAUUCUAAGGAAGAAGGUGAGGUCAAGUUGAAGAAGGGAAGUGGGGUUUGGAAAUCUUUGGGGUCUACGCUUUUGGGUGGCGUGGGUUUGAGGUCUAGGCAUAGUGAUGAGUACAAGAAGGCUGUGGCUAAAGUGGAGGAGGUUUGCUCCUCGGCUGCUGUUCAAAUUGGAAGGUAUAUUGUGACCAUGAUGAGCACCGGAGUGAUACUAACAAUUGGGUUUCAGUUGUCAGGUGGAGACAGUCAGUUGAAUGCGCUAGUUUGGUAUAGCUGGCUAGGAGGAAUCAUUAUUGGGACUAUGAUAGGAUCUAAUUUGGUUUUAGAGGAGCACUGUCGUGCUGGUCCGCGUAAUGUUGUUAUUAGUGGAAGUACAAGGGGACUUGGAAAAGCACUUGCUCGGGAAUUUCUUCUUUCUGGAGAUCGCGUGGUUGUUGCUUCUCGAAGCCUUGAGUCUGUACAAGCAACCGUGAGAGAGCUUGAGGAAAACCUAAAGGAUGGUAUAGCCAAUGCAGGUAGCUCAUCUAGGAAUAACCUGGCGCAUGCAAAAGUGGUUGGCAUAGCCUGUGAUGUUUGCGAAGGUGAUGAUGUGCAGAAGCUGGCAAGUUUUGCUAUCAGUGAGCUCGGUUCUAUUGACAUUUGGAUAAACAAUGCUGGUGCAAAUAAAGGAUUUAGACCCUUGCUUCAGUUUAGUGAUGAAGACAUUAAGCAGAUUGUCUCAACAAACCUGGUGGGUUCUAUACUCUGCACUCGAGAAGCUAUGCGUAUAAUGAGAAAUCAGCCUAAGGGUGGGCACAUUUUCAAUAUGGAUGGGGCUGGCUCUGGGGGAUCAAGUACUCCUUUGACAGCUGUCUAUGGGUCAACAAAGUGUGGUCUGAGACAGCUCCAAUCAUCACUUUUAAAGGAGUGCAAGCGGUCUAAAGUAGGAGUGCAUACAGCAUCUCCAGGGAUGGUGCUUACUGAUCUGCUUCUGAGUGGAUCCAGUUUAAAAAAUAAACAAAUGUUUAACUUCAUAUGUGAGCUUCCCGAAACAGUAGCUAGAACUUUAGUUCCACGGAUGCGGGUUGUAAAGGGAUCAGGGAAGUCCAUCAAUUAUUUGACACCACCUAGAAUCUUACUUGCUCUAGUAACUGCAUGGCUACGACGAGGUCGCUGGUUUGAUGACGAGGGCAAGGCUUUAUAUGCUGCAGAAGCAGACAGAAUCCGUAACUGGGCUGAAAACCGUACUCGAUUUUACCUCACCGAUGCAAUGGAGAUGUACACAGAGAACACUUGGGUGUCUGUCUUCUCACUCUCUGUUGUGUGUGCCUUCAUAAUUCUUACGAGCACAAGCAGCAGUUUUCCGGGUACUUGAAGAUUUCCCCCAAGUAAAAACUUAAAACUGAAACCACUAUGGAAUACAUCAAGCAGAUGCUAUAUGUGAAGAACCAGCUGCAAAACAGGGCUGGGUACAACUCGGACCACAGAAAGUUACCACACAAAUGUGGGGUACCAUUUUUUUACCCUGCAUCCAUUUGAACCCUAAUCUUUUGUAAAUCAUUCAUUCGUCUUGGAUCAUAUCAGGAUUCAGGAGCCUACCUGCAUAUCAUUCACAAAUCCAGCCUCUGUGGGCAAAAAUAUGUAAAGACUUGAGUAGUUCAUAAUAGUAUUCGGUUCCACUUUGUAUAUCGUA